CCAAACCUUUAUCUCAAUCUGGGUCCUCGAUUCAGGGCAGCGCAUCCCUUACAUCUUCAUCUACCGCUUCUCCACAUACUGCUUACUCGUCUGGGUACAAACAAACCCAUCUACCUGACUCGGAUGCAUCAGAAUCCGAUGCUUCCUCGGGCGCCAAGCCAGAACCAUUUUCGAAAUCGGCCCAUCAAUACCUCAUGAAUCGAAUGAAACAACGGCAUCGUGAAGAGUGUCGACGGUCACUCUUGAUGACAUCCGAUCAUCCACUUGCCAAGACGAAUCGCUACUCCCAGUCGGUAGCAGCGCUCCAUUAUACCGAGAACACGUCCCCUUCACGUGUAACGCUAAUCGAUUUACCGCCUCAAGCUCCCUACAUGGCCCGAUCCACUUCUCUCAUGACAGAUCUAUAUCAAAAGUCGCAGCUUCCCGCACACGCCAAAAGACAAUCACUGCAACUCACCGACGCUGAUUUCCAUCCAUCACGGCUUCUACAAAACCAGCCUCUUCUCGCCCAGCCCCAUCCAAGUCCUGCA